AUGUUUUUGUCAUUGAUAUUCUUGCAAAUAUUAUUGACAUUUGCCGCAGCUAAAGAAAUAAGUGGAGUGUUUACUUCUUUUAACUCGUUAAAAUGGAGAAAAGGUGCUAAUUACAGAUAUGCCAGCCCUGCAUUCCCUAGUUGGAUUGCCGAAUUAGGAUGGAAAAUCGAUGGUUCUAAGAUGAGUGCAGGUGACACUUUUACUUUAACUAUGCCUUGUGUGUUCAAGUUCACCACUACACAAGUAUCAGUGAAUUUGAAAGUCGGGAAUACUAUUUAUGCUACUUGUCGGUUUGCCCCUGGUGAUAUCUUACUUCCAACUUCUGAAUUAAAGUGUAGUUUGUCAGAUACUGUCAAGCAACUGACCCUGGCUCAUGGAACUAUGAGUUUCCCGCUUACUUUCAAUGUUGGAGGAUCGGCAUUAGAUACUGAUGUUAAAUGUGGAGAAACUUUCACAAGUGGUGUCAAUACUGUUUCAUUCAGCGACGGAGAUAACGUCGUUUCUACUACUGUUAAUUUCGAAGGAGGUGUCGAUACUAAUCCUGAUAGAAUUGCUUAUAAUGCCCGUGUCGUUCCUAGUGUGAACAAAUUGCAACACCAAGUAUUAGGAGGAAAAUGUGGAGCUGGUUACUCUUCAGGUGUAUUAGGUAUCACCAUGCUUUAUGGCACCGGCUCAAUCGAUUGUUCAUCUAUUCAUGCUGCUAUUUCUAACUCAUUGAAUGACUGGUAUUUCCCAAAAUCAAUUGAAACUGAUUUUUCAUAUACAACUAAAUGCAGUGCCACCUCCUUCAUUAUCAACUACAAGAAUAUUCCUGCCGGUUACCGGGUCUUUAUUGACACCCUUGUAUCUUCUGCCGUUGGGGUCAAACACAAAAUCAGAUACACCAACAGAUACAAGUGUGCCAAUAGUCCAUAUAUAAUUGAUAAUUCCGAAACUGUUCAAUGGCAACCUUAUUGUAACGAUGUUGCUGGGGCCAAUGGUAAGGAAGUGGAACUUGUUACAGAAACUUGGACUGGUCUGACUACAUUAGUGUAUACUAAGCCUUUUAAGACUCAUGACCCUACCAUUACUAUUGUUGUUGAUGUUCCAAUCCCAACAAUUACCUACACAACCACAUAUACCGGAAUCAGCACUAGUUAUACCACAUACACCGUGACUCCAGGUGAAACUGCCAGCGUGGUUGAAUAUGAACCUGUGCAUGCUACAACAUCUGAAGUCAGUUGCUGGGAAACUGAUUCUACUGCUACAACCACUAUUAUUGUUUCUACUAGAGCUACCGAUACUGUCUUGGUUAUUACUCCAUGCCCAAAAACAAAGGUGGAAACAACCACAAAACAGGAACAGCCUAUAACGACGGACAAACCUGAACCUACAACUGUGGAGCAAGUUACAUCAGAAGAACCUGAACCUACAACUGUGGAACAAGUUACAUCAGAAGAACCUGAACCUACAACCGUGGAGCAAGUUACAUCAAAAGAACCUGAACCUACAACUGUGGAACAAGUUACAUCAGAAGAACCUGAACCUACAACUGUGGAGCAAGUUACAUCAAAAGAACCUGAACCUACAACUGUGGAGCAAGUUACACCAGAAGAACCCGAGUCAACUGAAGUAAUUGUCACAACUGAUUGUAAUACACCUCCACCUGU